AAGAACGUCUGGAUCGUCGCCGCGGAGUACUUCCGUAUCUUCCGUCACGGCUUCCGCGCCCCAACAGGGACAAGUGUACUCGACCUCGACUUCUUCAACGCUGCAAUCGCCAGCGAUGUCAAUUUCGGCACCGGCACUGGCUUAGACGCCCUGGUCAACCAUUGGAGCACCUUGACGCAAUUCUUCCCGGAUAUCCGCCUGGAAAGGAAGAAUCUCAAGCCAAUUUCGGGAGACUCUGUCCUUGCGACCACUACCACGAGCUUUACGAUCUCGGACGCGGCUUUUGGGAAUGCAUUCCCUCAUUUAAGCAACGGAAACAAAAGGGGCUGCUGCUCGAGGAUUGCAGCCAACAUGUUACGCCAAAAGCUGGUUCUGCAUGGUUCGGUGCGUUUUCACUGGGACCAAUCGGCUCAUUGCGUUGCGGGUGUACACAGUCAAGCAGACCUCUUGACACCUUUGCUCGAAUUGCUGAGAAACCUGGAGGAUGUUGCGUUAGUUUUUGCGUACGCUUACGUCACGCCUGAGUGCAACGUGGUAUUAUGCAGCUAG